CCGUAUGUUUGUCAUGGCCAGGUCAUGGACGCUAAAAUGAGUCUACAUGUUUGUAGUUCGUAUCGACAUUCAGAGCCGUACCUUUAAUGGAUUACUGCUUCUCUUACUAUUUGACAUAUGAUGACUCACAUUUUGCUGAACCCUGGCUAUUCUACGAAACUUAAUCGCUCGAAAAAAUUAAAUGGAUGGAAUUUAGUUGAAGAAACACGUCGCGAGUGUAGUAAGAUAGUAAAUAAAGGCAAUUUUGAAAGAAAAAAUGAAUUGGAUCUCAUUCGGAGCAAAUCACGUUCUCGAUGGCGGGUUGCAUGGGAAGAUCCGGGUAAACCAGACGUUAAAAGUGUGUAUGAUUGGGAAUCAACAUAUGCCAGACAUCACGAAUUAAAGCAACCUGACUGUGUAGCAUCGUCCAGACCAACUUCACCAACAAGACGAAAUAAUCCGCAUCCGUCUCGGGUGUUCCUACAUUUGCAUGUGGCAAACAAAAGUGAUUCCAAAGAUGAACAGAUGGAUGACGACAUUCACAAGAUAGAACCACGCCGACGAGCUGCUAGUACCAUGUAUUUUACACUGAAGGAGAUGAAAAGAUUAAACCGAAAAGGGCAAACAGAGCUUUUAAGGAAGCUUGAGAAUGCAACAGAAUAUGAUAAACACCACAGUUGUCGAAAGGGAAUAACGGGUCGAGUUUUUGCACCUCAUAAUUCAACUGAAAACAGAGUUUCCACACAAUUGCCGAAAGAAAAUACCGAUGAGCGUUUAUUUGUUCCUUCCAUGUAUCGCUGGCUCAAAAACGCAGGAAAAGAAGAAAGAGAAAAAGUGAAUGGAAUAAGAAGAAAAAUUUGCUUGCAAAAUGCGAAUACUAAGACAGUAGAUGCUAACCGUUACCUUCUGAACGCUCGUACGUUAGUCAGAUAAGAUUCUGCUCUCGGCAAUAAACGUCGUUGCUACGAUCUUUUCCAAAAUAUUUUUUGCUCGUGCAAGACAGUUCACGUUUUUCUCGUCUUUCCAGUACUAUUUUCAUUAUAGAUAGUGUGAGGCUAUGAGCAGUUUACUGAGUAGUUAGUGUUUUAUAAAAUUACCACAGUUUGCUGGACAACAUAAGUCAUUAUUCACCAUUUACUGUUUUCUGCAAGGGCCUGCCUCUUAUUAGUUCACACAAACCACAAAACAUCAAACAAUAGGUAAUUGUUUUAUUAGAAUCGUGCGAAUCGGUGAAUUUUGAUAGACGUACAUGUUGAGCGUAUAACUUGCAGACGAUCUUGAUUUCAAAACCAAAAGUACAAGCCUGUUUGUAUGACCAUCUUCGAUUCUUCAGAAAUAUUUUUUUGCCUAUGCGAGAAUUAGUCGACAGACUAAAAGGCAGCAUUUCACUCGCAAUAGUAACGCCUAGUUAUGAGACACCUAAAGAUCUCAAUCUUUUGGAGUAGUUGCAUCAAUCAAAAAUUAAUUUAUCUAGCGCAAGUGAUUAACCAGACGUUUCUAAUUAGAGAGAGUGCUCAAAAUACAUUUCAAAAUUCAAUUAGUUUUAUUCUAGCAGUCUAAAUUGCCAUUGAUCUUGUUUAUGGUCAUACUUGCAAAAGAGUGUUUAUAGUUAAUACACUUUUUGUGUUUGCAUGUAAACAUAUAUUUUGUAUCGUAUUUUAUACAUUCGAAAUUGCUUCGACAAGAAGUUGACAUAUUUACAUACAAGUACAUGAAUUGUCUAAUGAUUGUUUUUUGCCUAAUUAUAUUAUUUGGAUGUACGGUCCUUGUGUCGA